UGUUCGUUAUUUUUCGUGGUUUUUUUCCUUUUGUUCCUGAGACCUCGUUGACUCUCAAAAUUACAAAUUAAAAUAAUUAAUGUAAUAAUAAAUCGAUUUAUCAAUAUGUGAUUGACUGUGCGUAUUAGAUAUCUUGUGGAGUGUUAAAUCCUUAAAAAAGACGUAACAAUGCCGUUAGUCUUUUAGUUUAAAAGUUUGGAGUCUGUGUAAACUUUUGCUGAGUCUGCUAUCUGCUAAAAGUUAAAAUGGAUAUCGUAUCAAGUGAUAUGUCGUAUUUAAUAAAUUUGGACCACUUAGAUUUGAACUACGUUUCAAAUUAUGAUUUUAAAAAUGGUGGUUCACCUUUUUCUUUGUGGGACGUGAACAGUUCUAAAGUAUUUGGAAAUGAAAAAGAGUAUUUCGAAUUUAAAGUUAUGGCCAAAAAGGUGGCAGAUGAUGGAGCGGACUCGUCUUCUGAACCAGGCGAUGAUGAAGACGAAGCAACCGUAGAUCCACUUUACAAGUGCGCAAUCUGUGACCGUGACGUUCCUUUAACGUACAAAAAACAGCAUAUCGACAGUGUCAAACACCAGACGUGUGUCCAAAUCGCUAAAGCAGUCCUCCAAAGAAUCCAAAAUAAUUUAACACUGGAAAACGAAAAUGAAAUCAUCAAGAAUUCAACAUUGACUUACUUCUGUGAACCGUGCACGGCCAUCGUUAGAAAUACAGAUAAGCAACAACAUGAAGGAUCGGAGGCUCACCAGAAGUCUGUGCUGCGUGACUUAUAUUUGAGCGACUUACUUAACAUUUACAAUGAUGAAAAUUAUUUAGAUACAGCUGAUAUGCAGUAUAUGAGUCAGAAACCGAAUGAACACCCAAAAAAUUUUGAAAACGGUGAAUCAUCUCUGGCUGUAGGUAAUGAGACAGUUGCUCAAGAAAAAGGUAUACAGGAAGGGAAAGAAACUUUAGUAACUGACAAUAAACAAAUAAAGAAAAAGAAUAAUCCAGUUCAUGAACAAAAUGGUAAAUUUAGUGAUAAGUGUCAAGAUAAUACAUUAAAGGUCACUGAAAACAAAAUUCCAAUUAAUAAACCAUCAAAUAGUAAGCAAAAUAUAACAAAUAACGAUCAGACCGAUUCAACAGAAGAAUGUGAUUUAAAUGACAAUAAAGUAGAUAAGCAAAAGCAAACAACUUCAAUAACUGAGCAAAGCAAAGUUACCGAUGAAAAUAACUAUUUGGAAAAGUCAGUUUAUAAACAGUCUCCAACAACUAGCCCUGCUAGGAAAAAAGCUAAAAUCGAAAGCCAAAACAAUGUGACAAGUAAACGCAACGAUUCUGAAGUUGACUACAUAAUGUUGGUCGAUACAAACGAAUUCAAAGUUGACACAGAAGCAGAUUCUGUUCUCGGGGAGACCAAAUUAAGAAGUUAUGUUGACUUUUUGGAUCGUAAGAAUGUUGGAUGUGAGACUGACAAUCAUAAAGUGACGGUUAUAAGCAGAAAUUAUGUUCAAAUCACAACGUUAGAUAACAAUGUAGUUACUGUCCCAGCGGACAACUUCAACGGUUUUCAGAAGCCCUAUGAACUUCUUCUAUGUAAUAUUUGCAUGGUCAGGGUCGAUGAUCCAGGUAUGCAUAUUUUGGAAAAGAUGCAUUUGGAAAUGAUAAGGCUACCAUUAAAGGAUAUUCACUGCUUUAGAGAGCUCAACGCAAUGUGCAGACACUGUGUCCAUUGCAACGCCGUUUUCGUUAGCACCGACGCCCACGAAGAAACCAGUAAACAUAAGGCAGCGUUACAAAAAUCCUUAGAAGGCACCAUCCCGACCGAGCCAGCCCAAACCAAAAAGGUGGGUAGAACGUACUGCGAGCCAUGCAACCUUUACAUAGAUAGCCACAACUUUAAUUCCCAUACAAAAGGCAAGCCCCACAAGAACAAUCUAUCCCUAUUCUUCACUAAAGAAAAGAAAGAGUCAAGCACUAAUAACAGUCAAGGCAAAAUUCACUGCGAACCCUGCGGAACGUUGAUACGUACAGAAAUGUUUUUAGGCCAUACGUAUGGGAAAACCCAUAGAGCAGCUUUGAAACUGACGAACGAAUCGAAAGAUCUUGAAAACUGCUGUAGUAUUUGUAAUAUUCUCACUGAAGAUUUAACGGUGCAUCUUACGAGCGAUUAUCACGAAUUCCACGUUAAUAGAAAAAGCGGUAAGAAGGUUUGUGAACCAAAGCCUUCAAAUCUACCAUCCGAAGUGGUCAACAAAUACCUGAUAGAAUAUCGUUCAGAGUGCCAAGUUACUUGCCGAGUUUGUGGCGUAAAAAUCUCGAAUCGUGUGGAUAACGUAAACGAACACUUAAACGGUCGUUCCCACAGGACAAACUAUAAUAAUACAUUGCAAAAAAAUUCGAUGAAAACAGUUGGAGAAGAUUUAUUUUGCAAACUGUGUAAAGUCACCGUCAAAACAACUGAGGAACUUGACCAUAUGACAUCAACAACUCAUUGCGCAAACAAACUCAAGUCAGAAACUCAAGCUGCUAUUGCUAUAUCUAUUGAAGAUACUGAAGAUGCUCAAUCGUCAAGUUCUUCGAUACCUUCUCAGUCUACAAGUGGUAAGAUUAGUGAACCAAAGCAUUCUAAACCACCACCCGAAGUAAUCAAAAAAUACCAAGUAACGCAUCACUCAGAGACGCAAGUUAUCUGCCGAGUCUGCGGUGUAAAAAUCCCGAAUCGUGUGGAUAACAUAAAUGAACAUAUAAACGGGCGUUCCCACAAGAUAAACUAUACCAGUACAUUGCAAGAAAAUUCAAUGAAAACAAUAGGAGAAAAUUUCUUCUGCGAACUGUGCAAAGUCACCGUCAAAACAAGUGAAGAACUUGAACAUAUUAUAUCAACAACUCAUUGCGCACACAAAAUCAAGUCACAAACUGAAGCUUCAACUGUGAUAUCUACUGGAGAUACUCCAAUAUCUCAAUCCACAAAUUCUUCGAUACCUAUUCAAUCCACAAAUUCCUCUAUUCCUACUCAAGAUACAAGCUCACUGAUACCUGAAGCAUCAACAACCACCACAUCUGUAUAUCGGUGCGAAACUUGCGAAGAAGACGUUGUAAACACACCAUCAGCGAUCGAAGAACACAUGGAAGGUUUAAGCCACAAAAUAACUAAAAUAUUUUGGAAACUAACCAACGAAAGUCUAGAAGACAAUCUGCACUACCACUAUGAACGGGUCUCAAGUAGUAUGGUUUAUUGUAGGAUAUGCAAAAUAGAUGUGCUUGCGUCAAACGCCGAAGAGCAUCUGGAAUCGUUUGGUCACAAUUUAAAAUACCGAUCCCAUCUUGCCGAAAAUGAUGUCCGAAAGCUUAGCGAUUCGAAGUUUUAUUGCAAUGUCUGCUCAAUCGACGUGAAAGUAGAAGAAGAAUUACAACAUAUUAGACUGCUGUCUCAUUCCAUGAAGAAAAGCAAAACCAAAAAAGGUCCUAUAGAGGAGAAAACUAUAAAAGAUUCUGCUGAAGAAACGGCAUCUACUACAAGCCAAGCAAGUUCCAGCAGUAAAGGCACUGGGUAUCGCUGUGCAGUUUGUAAUGUAGACGUUCCGAACAACCCUAAAAACAUAAAAAUGCACGACCAAGGCAAUAUACAUAGAACAAAGUUGAAGAACCUCUCGCUUGAGGAAGAAGAAAAGGUGUUGUUUGCCAAAACCCCCAACGAUAAGGAGGUGACAUGUACGUUGUGCAACGUGACAGUUCCUGUCACCGGCUUGUCAUGUCAUGUCAGAGGCGCUAAACACAAAGCGAAUAAAAAUGCAGCCGUAGGUGGUAAAUAGUAGUUGUUUUUAUACAGUUUGUUAUAAAAAAGGCUAUCUAUAAAGUACUGAUUUCUUUUUUAAACGCAAAAAUAUCUUAAUUUGAAUCGCAGGCGAUCUGUGUGCGAGUUUGCAUUGAACGUCGUCGCUAGCGAGUGCGUCAAAAAAAUCUAUCAAGAUUUUAGUUCUUGAAUCUUUAGUGACUGAGUUUGUUGCGGCGCUUCUUCUCAGCACUUGCCAAAUGUUGGUCUCGAAGCGCUGGUAGGGUAAAAAGAUUAUGAGACAUGUAGAGGCUUCUUAAGAGCAAAAUGACGAUUUGUAAGAACUAUUUAUUAGUCUAAACAAAUAAAGAAAUUUUGACUUUUGACUUUUUUUGACUUUUAUUAUCCGCGGGACGCUGUACAAUCCGUCCUACAUUUAAUGUAAUUUUUUUACGCAGUCGUUAGCGAAGACGUUUGAUGUAAACUCGCACUAAGCCCCCUGUUUUUUAUAGUUAUGUCUAAAGCCUGGUCCGUGAGCACGUAGAAUUUUGUCCAAUGACCCCAAGCUACCCAUCCUUAUCGCUCGCUUGUAAUUAUAUUGCUAUCGCAACUGUGCGACGGGCGCCCGCAGUGAGUGUGCGAGCGCGACAGCAACAUAAUUACGCGCGAGCGAUAAGGAUGGGCAGCUUGCGUUACCUUUUGUAUUGUUAUGUUUUAAGUACUUAAUGUAUUAACGCUAAUGGAAACUGAUUAUAAGAUAUUUAUUGGACUGACGACUUCAUAAAGGUACCAGGAAGGCGCUGGAUGCAGGCCGCUACCAACCGGGCGAUGUGGAAACAUUGGGGGAGGCCUAUGUUCAGCAGUGGACGUCCUGUGGCUGAAAUGAUGUGUUCUAAAGUUGAAGUAAUGAUUUUGAAAAUCAAUUUAAACGCUAAUCGAGUGGCUAGCGAGUUGUCGUGUGAACAACUUGAAGCCACGAUAGCCGAACGGUGAAGGGGUCGGACUGGCCGACUCGUGAUCCGGGGAACGCGGGUUCGGUCCCCGCCGCCGCUCGACUAUAGUGGUGAGUUCACUCGUGAUACAAGCAUAUUUAGCUCAGUAAGAGGGGCUAACGGGACUAUUAGUAAUUUUAAAAUUAUUAACUAAAAAAAAACUCGCAUGGACUGAUGUCGUUUUGAAAAAACAUUUUUUUUGUUGCCUUCGAAAAACCUGCUUACGUUAAUGUCUUGUCAGUUUCUAUUGUGCGUGCGAAUUAUACAUACAACAUGAUCGAGUUAACUGCGCACUUCACUGUGCCUCUAGCAUGAACAACUUUCGUCUUCGAAUCGUUUGCGUACUCGACAAAUUUCGAUACUCAACCUUCGAAUUAAACGAUAACGUGACAAUUUUGAUUGUCAAAAUAAGUUUCGUGCAACCAGUUUUCAUACUAAGUUCACUUUACGACACGUUAAAAAGGGCGCUGUUGUAGUUUUCGUACUAAAUCUUUUGAUGGCGAUUCGAAUACGCAAACGAUUCGAACUCGAAAGUUUUUCGUGCUAGCCGUACUGGAAUGCGGCUCACGCACACCUAAACGCUCGCCCCGUCCGUACCAGAGCGGCGAUGUGACGUCACGGCUGCUAGGUGCGCAGUUAACUUGUAUAUUCUAGUGGCCAUACGGUUUUAGUCGUUAUGUAAGAAUUAGUGAUAAAGUCCGGUCGCCGAGCACGUAGCUCGGCAAUAAGUAGCCAGUACAAAAAACUGUAGAUAUUUUGACAGUUGAUGGAUGGAUUUGGAUUUAAUGUAGAAAACCAGCAUUAGUGUAGCACGCAAAUCCUAGAAUUUAAAAAAAGAAACAUUUAAUUUACUCAAAUAACGUGAUACUUGGUGCUGACAACUUCCUCCGAAUUACUUGUUAUUAAAAGGCUGCCUUAAGGUCAUAGCAGACUUAUCAACACGGAAAGGGAUCAACACCGUAUAGAUGACCCAUGCUGAACUGUCCCACCAAACUCAAUGACAGGGGGGCGCUACCAUCGUUCAACUAUAUGGUUUCCAACAUGGCAAAAAUCGGAACCAGCGAUCCGGUAUUGACGGUGGCGCCCCACUGUCAAUGUCAUCGAUAGGACAGUCCAGUAUUUUGGAACUAUAUCGCCUUUCGUGAGCUGUCAUUGCCUUUCACGAGCUGUCAACCGCGAGGCGUUUACAUUACGGUGCGGAUAAGGCCCAGAACAGACGGUGAAACGCAACUGCAACUUUCUGAUGAUUCUCAUCAAUGAAACUGAAACUGAAAGUUUCAAACUGGUCGCGUCAUGUGUGGUCUCUCAACGGACGCUAUGGCAGAAACUUAGCUGCAACUCAAAAGUAACUAGCAGUUGCAGUCUGUUCUGGGCCUAAGUGCGUUGUAGUAUGGAGUUUCAUACAAAUAAUACUGACCGCCUCGAGUUCAUACGGUUACGAUCCCUUUCCGGGUUGAUAAGUGUGCUACGUCCUUUUUAAAAUUUUUGUUAGUGUGUAAGGUUUACUGUUACAUUUCAACUUUUGUGAUAUUAUGUGGUAUUGUACUGCAUUAAGAUAUUUUUGUAAAACUUUUCCAUUAUGUAUUAAUGUGAAUACUACUUAAGAAAACCUUUGUAUUUUGUUUAUGGAAGAAAUAAACGUUUAAGUUUUUUAAAAA